AUGGUUAAGUUCCAUCAAGCACUUGCCUGGUAUACUCAAUUGCCGGUAGGAUCAGUUGAUAACUUCGACACUUUGGUAAGGCGAUUCACGUCGCAGUACGCAACGAGUCGACCUCAUCACAUCACAUCUGCCGCCUUGGCCAGCCUUAAACAGGGCGACGACGAGACAUUAAGGGUGUUCAUGAAGCACUUUGCUAGCAUCUCGGUUAAAAUCCGAAACCUAAACCCCGAGGUUGCCCUACACGCCAUGCUCAUGGCGCUCAAGCCAGGACCUUUCGUCGAUAGUCUGUGUCGGCGACCUCCCCCAGAUAUGGAAGAACUCCGUGCCCGAGCUGUAGGGUACAUUCAGAUGGAAGAACACUCUGCUUUUCGCGACCAAGUUCGUGGAAAAUCACAGGCGAAGCUGGACCACGGCCACAAGGAUAAGAUGAAAGUCACCAACGACAGCCAAUUCAAGAAGGCUGCUAGGGCAAACAAAGGAGGGAGGUAUGACUUCUAUACCCCCCUGAAUGCGCCCCGAGUACACAUCCUAGAGGAGGCCAGCAACAAUAAUCUGGUCACUCUGCCACCGCCUGGCCACAGUCCCAAUAGUGCAGAUAAAUCAAAACAUUGCCGAUACUAUAGAAACUAUGGUCAGACAAUCGAGGAAUGUCGCACACUCAGGGACCGCAUUGAGGAACUCGUUCAAGGAGGGCACCUCGGGCAAUACGUCCAACGACAACAAUCUCACAAAGGAGGCUACCACGGAUGA